CAGGAAAAGGAGAAGCUAGUCCAUGACACAAGAAAGAGAUUUGAACAGGAAUAUUUCCAAGACAAUUCCAGUAAAUAUGAUAGCCGUGAUGUAGAAAGACUUCAGAAAGAUGAUGGCUGGGUGGAAAGCUAUCUGCUGUGGAGGCAUAAUGUGAUUGAGGAAGCUUUGAAGAUGAUUGAUGAAAGCUUCAGAUGGAGGAAAGAGAUUGCUAUUAAUGAUGUGAGUGAAUCCAUUAUUCCCAGAUGGUGUUUUGAAGUCGGUGCUACAUAUCUACACGGUUACGACAAAGAAGGCAAUAAACUGUUCUGGCUCCGAGUAAAGCUUCAUGUUCGAGAUGCCAAAACGAAUGACGACAAGAAGAAAUGUGUAGCAUUUUGGCUGGAGCGAUAUGCCAAGAGGGAGCCGGGGAAACUCCUGACCGUUGUCUUUGACAUGGCUGAGUGCGGACUUAGUAAUGUAGAUAUGGAUUUUGUACGUUUUGUAAUCAACUGUUUUAAAAUCUACUACCCAAGAUACCUGUCAAAGAUUGUAAUCUUUGAAAUGCCAUGGAUAAUGAAUGCUGCCUUUAAAAUUGUGAAAGGCUGGCUUGGUCCAGAAGCCAUAAACAUGCUGAAAUUUGUGAACCGAAAUGAAAUUCAAGACUACAUUAGUGCUGAAUACUUACUUCCACAUAUGGGAGGAACAGAUCCAUUUAAAUAUAGCUAUCCUCCAUUACCUGAUGAUGAUUUCAAAACCCCUAUGUGUGAAAAUGGGCCAAUAACCAGUGAGGAUGAGCUUGAAAGUAAAGAGGAAAGUGAGGUGGACACAAGGGAUGCUGUAGAUUCGUGUACAUCUGAGGAGAGUGCACUCAAACCCAGAAAGAUGAAUUGCACUGAAGAUCUCUUCAAACACGAGGAUAGUGAAAAGACCGACUCAAAGCUAAAAAACAACAGGAAGGCGUCAACGGUUUUUAAGGGACCUUUACUACACAUUAGUCCUGCAGAAGAAUUGCAUUUUGGAUCCAAGGAAAGCGGAGAAAGAAAAUGUACUAUUGUUCUCAAUAAUGUGACCAAAAAUACAGUGGCUUUUAAGGUGAGGACAACUGCCCCAGACAAAUACAGAGUGAAGCCCAGUAAUAGCAGCUGUGAACCAGGCUCCACUGUGGAUAUUGUGGUUUCCCUCCAUGCAGCCUCCAUAGCAUCACUGCAAGAUCGCUUUUUAGUGAUGGCUGCAGAAAUGGAGCAUUCAUCUGGUACAGGAACACAGGAAUUGGCACAAUUCUGGAAGGAAUUACCCAGAAAUAAGAUCAUGGAACACAGGUAA